UUAAAGUUCAGACCACUAUUUGUCAUCAAUCAGUUCAUACAUACAAAUACAGAAAUUGUGAACAUGUUUGCCACUUUCUAACACGAACUGCCUACUGCUGUUGAUUUCUAUAUCUUACGAAGUUAAAUCAGAGAGCCCACUUAGUCCACAAUUGGUAAAGUUUCAGCUCCAUUCAACUAGAAUAUGGCGGUGAGACAGAGGGCUUUGGCAACAUUGCCGAAUCUAUUAAAAAGCAUGAGGAAGGAGUUUCCAAAGGCUAGUACGAAUCAGCAAUUGCCAUCACUGAGACGUGCUUUCUCUCUCUAUGAUCAAAUCAAUCUCAUCGACAAUGUUCCGGAAGAUCAGCUUCGCUUUCAAGGCUACACUGACACUGGCUUCACUGUGAAUGGAGUCCAUUAUGAAGGUAGUCUGCUCUGUGUUGGAAAUUUGAUCCUGUCUUGGGCUCCCAAGAAGUUCUCUGAAAUGACUCCAAACAGCUUAUCUAUUUUCCAACUUGUGCGUCCAAUUCCAGAAAUUUUGAUCCUCGGCUGUGGAAGGCACGUUGAACCUGUUGAUUCUGAACUUCGGCGGUUCAUUCUGUCUACAGGCAUGAAGUUAGAAGCCAUAGACUCGAGAAAUGCUGCGUCAACUUAUAACAUAUUGAAUGAAGAAGGUCGGAUUGUGGCUGCUGCACUUCUUCCAUAUGGAGUUUCUUCAUGAUGCAUGGAUUCUGCUUCUAAGAUGGUUCAUUAUUUCAGUGGCAGCCUGCCGUUUGAUGCCAGAUUUCCUUGAUCACAUUAUUACAACUGUUGUGGGAAGCUACUUGAAACUACAUAAUCCCUAGCUAGGCAGUGGUUAUUGACUUGUAAAGUUGGAAAGGUUUUUGUCAGCCGAGGUGAUGUUAAUGUUAAAUAUCACCAUACUGCAUAUCUUAAAAAUGCUUUUUUUGAUUUUUUAAAUUUAAAUUAAUCUUAAAUUAAGUUUUGUUCGAAUUUGGUUCAAAUUGAACCCAUUGCUGGCUGAAAGAACAAAAUUAUGAUGGCUUUUUGUUCUGAUCA